GAAAAUUAAGAAUUAAGACUUAAGACUUAGUCGUGUACUUACCACAUGACUCUAUGUAAACUAGUGGAAUGGUUUAUGAUUGUCGUGUGUGAAUUUUGACGGGUCGUAUGCGAACCAUAUGAUGACUUAAGACUUAACAAAAAUGGUUAUAUUUUAUAUAUUUCGUUAAGACUUAAGGGAAGCGACCAAUCACAACAAACCGGAACCUUUCAACCGGAAGUUUAUGUCUUAUUAUUGGACCGAGCGAGGCAGUAUUUUGGGUUAGAAUUCGUAUAUUUGUCAUUUGUAAUCAUCAUCCAUUUCGAAAAAUAGAUAUCCCAUUUGUCAAUAACCUAUUUCAAACCUGCUUAUCCGUUUCGAACAAUGGCCGACCAUGUGUUUUUGUGCUGUGAUUGGUUGGAAUUAACGACUUCUGUGUCGAUCAUAAACUGGAAAAUGUAGUUUUGACUUAAUCGUGUGCUCGAUGUUAAGUUAUAAUUCUUAAGGAAAUCAAUCGUAAACCCAGCUUUAAAGGUGGGUUUACGAUUGAAAAUUAAGAAUUAAGACUUGAGACUUAGUCGUGUACUUACCAUAUGACUCUAUGUAAACUAGUGGAAUGGUUUAUGAUUGUCGUGUGAGAAUUUUGACGGGUCGUGUGCGAACCAUAUGAUGACUUAAGACUUAACAGAAAUUGUUAUAUUUUAUAUUUUUCGUUAAGACUUAAGGGAAGCGACCAAUCACAACAAACCGGAACCUUUCAACCGGAAGUUUAUGUCUUAUUAUUGGACCGAGCGGGGCAGUAUUUUGGGUUAGAAUUCGUAUAUUUGUCAUUUGUAAUCAUCAUCCAUUUCGAAAAAUUGAUAUCCCAUUGGUCAAUAACCUAUUUCAAACCUGCUUCUCCGUUUCGAACAAUGGCCGACCAUGUGUUUUGUGCUUUGAUUGGUUAGAAUUAACGACUUCUAUGUCAAUCAUAAACUGGAAAAUGUAGUUUUGACUUAAUCGUGUGCUCGAUGUUAAGUUAUAAUUCUUAAGGAAAUCAAUCGUAAACCCAGCUUUAAAUGAUUUGUACACGGCUCGUCAUGGAGAGGUGGCCUGCCCAGGAAGUUUACGGUGGCGCGGACGUGCCAUUUUAUUUGGGAAGAGGCUAUACUUGGCUCGGGACGCGACAGGCGGCUCGUGACGUCUCGGAGAGCUCUCCCCCCCUAGAUGCAGUGGAGUUCAUUUCUUUAGAACGCAACGAGGCUCGAGCGACGAGCAAAGCUGAGGACGGCUGAGCGGUCUGGUGGAGCCGUCUGUUAAAAAACAAAUAAUUGUUGAAAACUAAAUAUUAUAAAAUACUGGACGUUGGGAACACACACACGAUGGGAUUGGCUCAGAGCACGGACGCAGAAGAACCAGACCCCUGGUGGCCUCAAGCUACCUCACAUCGGAGGAAUCAGACCGUGCUGGAUGACGAGGCGGCCAGGGAGAGCGUGUCGCUCCCCGGGAAGACGGGUCCAGGACGCGGGGACUCUUGGCAGUGCAGGGAGCGGGAUCUGUGCCGCACAGUGCAGCAUCUCGCCGAGGAGAACAUGCGGCUCGCCGCGGCCAGGACGGAGGCAGAGCAGAGAGCUGCGCGAGCUGAGGACCACGGCACUGUCGCCGAGCUGAGACGCCACGUUGCCACGCUCACCGAACAGGUGGAGAAUCUUCGGGUCGCCGCGACAGAAGCCGAGGAUGGAUCGCAAGUGCAAAUGUUACUUCGGGAAAAGGUGGAAAAUCUGGAAGAAAUUGAUCAUUUGCGCAAGGCGCUGGCUUCUAAGUGCGAUGCCAUGGAAGCAAUCCGAGUGCAGCUGGUGCGCGAAAAAGAUGCAGGGAAAGCCCUGUUAGCGGAAGCCGAACAACUGAAACUUGAGUUACAGAACCUCAACGCAUCAACGCUGAGAGGAUCCCAAGUUGCGGCCGAACAACCGUCAGAAACAUUUCCCGCAGCGGAUUGCUACGAUGCUUCACCGCAAGAGGCUGGCGACAGGCAGGUUGGCUCCGAGAGAGACAGCCGGGUGGCCGAGGAGAUAGAGAAGUUCAAGGCGGAAAUGAGUCUGAAGAGAGAGGCCCGGCAGCGGGCGAUGACUGCGAUUUCCUCAGAACUUGAGCGCUUGAGAACCGAGCUGGCGUCCGAGCGGGAAUCGAAGCAGCACCUGGCGGACCAGCUGGUUAGUGUCCGUGCAGAGAAGAAAUGCGGCCAUGAUGGCUUUGAGGAUCUUUACAAGAGUUUGGAAGGUGAGAGGGAGAGAAACAGUCAGCUGACAGUGAGGAACGAGUGUUUGUCGGGCGAACUGGACAGCUCGGAGCGAUCGCUGACUGCUAAAACCGAGGAGCUGGAAGAGCUUCGCAAGAACUUCGACCUGGAGCGAGAGCAGUACCAGAGGAAAGUGUCGUCUCUGAAGGAGGUGGUGUCGAUCAGCAAGCAGCUUCUGUCGAUACGCGAGAAGCAGGUCGACGACUUGGAGUCUAAGUUGAAGAGCCUGCAAGGUUCACUCUGCAGCAGGCGUGACCCGAGCGAGGAACAGGAAGGUUCCGCAUGCUCUCAAGUAGAGGCAGGUCUCAAAGAAGAGUACCAGGCGCAGUUGGAAAACAUUAAGAGUUUGAAAGCGCUUUACGACGAACGGAUGAAAAUAAUUUUGGAAGAGAAAGACAAACUGGCUGUGGAGUUCGAAGAGACUCGUGUGAAACUGGAAGCAGAACAGAAGAAGUGUGGCGAGCUUGAUGCUGAAGUGACCAGCCUCAAGCUGUCUCUCUCAGAACAAGAAGAUGCCAUGUCAGACAUGCAAACACAGCUUGACAUGUCCAAGGAUGAGGCGAGAGACUUGGCAAGGGAGCUGGCGCUAAUAAACAACUUGUUCACCCAGAUGCUGGUCAACAAUAAUGGUUCGGACAUAGAUCUCGACAAAUUGACGAAAUCUCUGCAAGAGAACCACGACCUCAUCUCUGAAAUAACCCUGAAGGAAGAUGGCAGCGAGAUAGCGGCAUGCUUGCCGAAGUUACUGCUGGAGUUGGUCGCAGAAGUUGACAAAAGUGCGCAAAGCAGCUGCGAAGCAGAGGGUGGAAAUACUGUCGAGGAAACUGUUGAAGAUGAUAACAAAGACUCGAAGCAAAGGCCCUGCACAUCAUGCCAGGAAAAUAAUAUUGCCGACGAGUGUAGCCAUAACAUAGCCGCGGAGGACAUUGCGUCAAAUCUUCCCAAGGUGUGGAAGGUGCUGACAGAGUUGCUGAGCCACCAUGUGACCCCGUCGGAACGCCCGUCGGACAGCAAUGACGACUGCUGCUACAAGCGGGUUGACACGCCGUAUGGUCCGCGACUUGCCAUCAGCGUGAGCAAGACCUUCCUGAGGCUCAAGGACCUGAUUCUGGAGAAGAAGUCAUUGAGAAGAGAGCUGGUGCAGCUGAAGCAGCUGAAUUGCCACUUGGAGAACCGGCUUUCGGAGCAAGAACAGCGGCUGUCGCUGGUCUCGUCGGAGCUGCACAAGACGUGGAGUGUGGUCGGACGCAUGCGCACCCAGCACCAGCAGCUGCACAACCACGAGAAGAUCCUCCGCUACGAGCUGCAGCAGAAGCGCAAGCUCCUGACGGAGCUGAAGCAGGAGCUGGAGUACUGCCGGGAGACAUGGGAGAUGGCCCGGGAGAAGAACUCGCAGUCAGAGGAGCAGUGGCAGACGCUCCGGAGGGAGUUCGCAUCGCGCAAGAAGGGCUCGAGCGGCUCGCUGGACAACUCUGGGGAAAGCGGUUUCUCAGACGACAAGGAAGACGACAGCAGCGGGGAAGAUGGUCGGAGCCCCGGAGGGCUGGGCCCGUCGGAGUCAUCGCUCCCGGGCGCCGACCGGGCCUCGUCGACUCGUUCGGAAUCCGCCUUGGUUGAACCGCAGGUGCUGCCGCCGCUGGUUGUCGACGUGAGCCAUGAGCAGUUCCUGCCUGAGGAAGUCUGCCCGCUGAAGUCCCCACCAACACCGGAGCUGCUGGAGUCCAGCGCCCGCGUCACUGUCCACGACGACUCGGCCGUCGACACGGCCGUGCUGGUCGAGUGCCCUGUCGAGAAGUACUGCGGCCUCGAGUGCUCGACCAUCUCACUCAUCUCCCUGCUGAAGCAGCAGUUGUCGUGCUUCUCCAGGAACCUGGAAGAGAUCACAUCCGACUUGGGCGGCGGCGACGGAAACAACCACCAGGCCCUCCAGUCCAUAUUCUUUCUGCCAGACAUUAAAGUCCCGUACUAUGAGCAGAGCUCGGACAUAAGUCAAAUUAAGUGCGCGAAUUGCUCGAAGGGGCUGUCCGCCAUCGAGGUUGACUCUGGGGAAACACAUUGUGACACUCCGGCCAAGAAGAAACAGUGCAGUUACGUUUUAUCAAAUGAGCCUGGGCCUAACGAUGAAUCAACAAAUAACUGGAAAAAUGUGCCUAAGUCGAGUUCCUCAAGCAGUGUUGUAGACUGUCAAGUAUCUUCGUCCCAGAAUGGUGAGCAUUCCUCUUUGGAGGGAUGUGAAAUGCCAGUGGAAGAAACAGCAGGACAGUGCAGAGCCGACGGUGCAGUGCAGGAGAACAGGACCGUGGUGGACAGGCUGGGCCGGACCCCAGAGCAGGUCCUGCAAGCCCGCGAGGCGAGGCUCCGGAGGUUGGAGGAGCAGUGCGAGCAGCUCGUGAGGAAGGUCACCAGCACUUCAAACCGCAGCGUCGUCCUCUCCAGCCGGCUGGAGGAGCUCCACGAACAGUACGGGGGUGCUCCGGAGCCCCCGCCCAUGCCUGGAGCGAUCCCAGCGCUUCGCAUCCCGGAAACCCCUACAAGUGCCGCCCCCGCGCCCCCGCCCAUGCCUGGAGCAAUCCCGACAUUGAGGAUCCCAACCACUGGACAGAGCGACCUGUCGAGUCAGUCAACAAACUCGGAAGACACCGUCUUAUCAUCGCAUUCACGUAGCAACCGCUAGUUGGAACAACUUUUCACUGUAAGACUCAGCUUCAACCUCUGUUGUGUUAUUGUUACAGGGAUCUUGUCUUAACUCGCUAGAAGUUUGUUUUUCGGGACUCUACAGUGUAUGGAUAUACAUAAAAAAUUAUUCCUUACUCUUAGGUAAAAAAUUUCUUCUUGAAAAUCUGAAAUUAGCACAAAAAAGUCCAGCAUGAUACUAGUUGAAGCUGAGUUUUAAGGAUAUAAGUUGUAUGAUAAAAGGAAGGUGAUGUAUUAUUGGCCGGGCUGUCGGAAUGGAGGGGUUGGGGGUAAAAAUGCUGGUUGAGUUGUGAGAUUUUUUUAAUGCAUGAGUUUACCCUGAUAAUAGGAUGUACUUAUAUGUCUACUGAUAAUGUAAUUAAUUGGAAACAUUACAAGUAAGGCAGCACCUACAGGCACAUUUACAGUAAUGGCCACUGUAAUGUUGUACAGUCUUUAUGUAUGUAUAUAUUUUUUUAAUGGUGGAGUUUGAAAAAUUAUUUGCCCCCGGACCUAGUUUCUGUUGAUGGCCAUGGUACAAAGUUUCAAUUAGAGAUGGGAAAUUUAUACUCAUAGAUGACAAGGCUUGCUAAGAUUUGUCAGGUGUUAUAAAUAACUUAUAAAUUUAAGGAGUAUUAUGAUUAAACUGGCAUGGUCCCAUCUCUAAUUUAUUAAUGAUUAAACAAAUAUGUAUAUUUGUUAUUACCAGGAAGAUAUAACAGGCAACAGUCACAUUUGUACAUAAGUUUACGCACGUAGUAGGUAGUUAUACAGAUGUACAGAUGGAUAAGAGACUAGUCUCCUGACUGAAAUUUUACAAGUUUUUAUAUUUUUAUUACCAGUUUAUUGUGUAAAAUACUUGUUUUGUAAUUAAAUCUGAUGUAUAACUUGCAGCAUUUUCCAUUUUUCAGUAACUAUUCAGUAAUAAUGAUAAGUUUGAAUUUUUUAUGGUAAAAUUAAUUUCUUAUAGAUGUUGUAAUUAUAUUUAAUGACAUAGCCAAGCAGAGUCGCUACAAGAAAAUUAAGCAUUUGGCAUGUUACGUAAUGAUUUGUAACAUUUUUGUCAUAGGAGUUCACGUGUUUGUCGAUGGAUGUAAGUAAUAAAGACUGCACUAUUUGUACACUAAUUAAUAAAUACUUACUCAUUUUA